AUGGCUGUCCCUCGCCCCGUUUCGUGGCAAAAAUUUCAAUUUCAGCUCCGGCUGUUACCCCCAAACAGUCGGUCCGUUACGAGCACUGCUGCAGUCAAUGCCCGUGCUGCCGUACAUCAAUCUUCUCACACCUCUCCAUCUGCUCCGGUUACGCGUGAAUUCGAUUCGAGAUGGCUAUCGACGAUUAAAGGGCGGCUAGGAAAAUGCCUUGCGUUCGGACUGAAGUCACACCAAGUUAACGAGGCGGGGGAGAUCCUCCAGGUUCUAGCUCGGGAUUGGCGGGAGUUGACCGCGGGGAGCGAAGGGUUUCUCACGGGGGUAGAGAGGCGGGGCCUCUACCGCCACAAUGUCGUGUGGGGGGAAAUGGAUGUCAUGGGUAGAGCUCUCCGUUCCCCUGCCAAGCCGCCAUGCCACGUAAAUAAUGUAGCGUACGUGAGAUAUGCGGAGACCGCACGGGUCAAUUGGGCAAGAAACAUUGGUACCCACGUGGAUCGUGCCAACAGGAGGGCAUGGAUCAACCUUCUUGGUUCGACCGGAGUGGGUUUGAUAUUGAAAAGCAUCAAGAUAGAUUAUAAAUUUCCUAUGACCGCUCCAGAUAAAAUAAGCGUAUACCACAAGCUAUCACAUCCUCCUCCAGCGCCUUCUUCUCCAGAGUCCUCUUCAUAUUCAUCGUUCCAGCUAGAUGUUCUAAUACUUUCCGAGGCACAUCAGCGGCCUGCCGCACGUUGUCGUGAGGACAUUGUCACAUAUGACUACCAGCUUGGGCGCAAAGUAAAGACGCUGCCGCCGUUCAUGAUGGACCAGUUCCGGAAAACGUGGGAAUUGCAGGAAGAAUCUAGGCGGACGUGGGGUUUGAAGGUGAAGGAGAUCGAAGAUCGAGUGAGAGGGCUGGAAACAUCUAGCUGGGAUCGGCCAGAUGCUGUGGAGGAUAUGGGCUCUUCGGGAUGA